AUGGCUGCUUCAAUUAGCAGCAACGGCCAAGCAAACGGCCAUAAUGAGCUGGCGACAGUGGUACAAGAUGGAAAUGGAAUACCAGUAGAGUACACGAAUAGCAACGACAUUCCUAAGUCCCCCGAUACGGACGAAGACGGCCAUCAUAAAUCAACGCGUUCGACCAAGAUGGGAACUGCGCUCAAACAUCGCGUCCACCAGAUAACCAAAGGGCCGCCUGGUGGAUUCGACACAACCCCUUUUCCAGAUGCGCCUCAAGGUUAUACUAUCCGGUUUAUCUUCCACAGCGCUUCAAACCUCCCUCCUGCGGAUUUUCUCACGGCUUCCUCAGAUCCCUUUCUUCAUGCGACACUAAGAGGCACUCAACCGAAGCGGCACAAGGAGGAUCCUGACCUUGUUCACAGGACCAGAACCAUCAGGAGAACCACUGAGCCAAAAUGGGAAGAGGAAUGGGUUGUUGCCAACGUCCCACCGACGGGUUUUACUCUCAAGUGCCGAAUGUAUGACGAAGACUUCCCAGAUCAUGACGAUAGACUGGGCAAUGUUACGAUCAAGAUUCCUAGUAUAUCGAAAGACUGGCGCGGUAUUCCCUGGCCUGGUCGUGUAUUUGAGGCCAAAAAGCGGGUGAUGAGCAAACGAGCGUAUAUCACCAAAGCCGUCACUAGCGUUCUUAAUCGCGAUGUUCACAUGACCCCUUAUCUCCGCCUAAGCAUGGAACUUUUAGGACCAUCCGAUCCGCCUUAUGCGCAGAUGUACACAGUUGGGCCCACAACCUGGGUCAAGCAUUUUAGUCCUUUAAUUGGUCGCAUCGCUGGUGUCAAAGUGAAUAUGGACGCUGAGAACGACACGCAAGUAGAAGAAUGCACACAAGUCGACCAGAAUGGGAACAAGAAGAGCAGGAUUCAAAAAUAUGAUUUCCAAGCGAAUGAGAUGCAACUUCAAGGCCCGGUGCCUCCCAAUCUAUACCAUCGUUAUGUUGAAUUUAGACGGAUCAUUGGAUCCAUUUACUCUUCAGCAGGUUUACGCGGCAAGAUAUUAAACAAGGUACUACACAGCCAACAUCGCCGUAUUUAUAACCACAAUGCAUCAACUGAAACUGGCGUUUUUGAUGCGUGCACACCAGAGGCUUCUUAUCAAUUCUUGAAGCUCGUUCACUUUGACGAAGGAGGUCGCACCUUUACCUACGUCCUGACUUUGGAUGGUAUGCUCAGGUUUACAGAGACUGGCAAAGAAUUCGGUAUCGACAUGUUGAGUAAACACACUAUGCACUCUAAUGUUGAGACAUAUAUCGCUUGUUCUGGGGAGUUCUUUGUUCGGCGACUCAAGGAUUCUACAUCUUCGAACAAUGCGCACCUCAUCACAAAGACAUCUCUAGAACCACCGAUUCCUGGCGGUCCUCCUAGGGAGCACCCGACACAUGACCCUUCAUGCUACCAGCUGAUUAUCGACAACGAUUCAGGAACAUAUCGACCAGAUAAGUCUACCCUACCUGCGUUGAAGGAGUUUCUCCAGAAGAACUUCCCCGGGCUGGAUAUCCGGACGAUGCAUUGUGAAGAUAAAGAGCUACAAGAUAUGAAGGAGAACCAACGCAACGUCAAGAAGAACGAGGGCAGGAUGAUUAAUAUGGUCAUGAAUUGGAGUCAGAGCAGUCUCAGUUCAGCCGAGAGUGAGUUGGACGACCACGAAGAGUCUUUGCAGCAAGGACACAAGAGUAAGAAAGAGGCGGCUUACGAAGCUUUGGAAGAUCCUCACAAAGUCAAAGAUGCUGUUAAGUCUUUAGUGCCCGAUGCGAAACGAGAAAGGGGUGAGAGUUCCAGAUGAUGGAACUCUAACUGGCGGUGAAAAGAACUAUCAGAUGCAUUGGAUAGAGGGGACAGAUUGUUCUUUAUGACGAAAAGACAACUUGGAUGGAUUUAUA